AUGGGAUGCCGUAAGCAAGUCGUAUGCUCUUGCGACGGCGUGUUACUAGUAGCCGACUAUUUCAAGAGGAGGUAUGUGUUGUCGAAUCCGUCCACUCGAGCGGAGAUAAAGCUUCGUUUCCCGUAUAAAUUCUCCAACAAUUCAAUAUUUCAUGGGCUUUGUCGUGAUCCAACAAACGGCAAUUUUAAGGUUGUUAUUUUGACGCCGAAGUACUAUGCGGUUUAUUCUUGUACGAACAAUUCUUGGACAGACAAGAAAGAAUAUCCAUCUAACGGUCGUUUAUUAUUUAACAAACGAGAAGUCAUUGUUAACGGGUCCACCUAUUGGAUUUGGAGGCGCGAUAACAAUGUCGAAGAAAUUUUAUAUAUUGAUCCGAGAGACGAUAUGUUCAAGUUUAUUAAGACGCCGAAAAAUGUAGAACAUGGGAAACGGAUUUACGUGGUUUCUUUGAAAGGCUUUUUGUGCAUGUAUUGUUAUGGAAGAGACGAGACGGAGGUUCGAAUCUGGAUUAAGGGAAAGGGUUUGGACAAUAAUUCUUGGAACGAGUUAAUGACUGUCGAAAACGUUCGUGCAUCUAUUGAUACGUUUAGACCACUGUGUUUCUUGGAGAAUAAGAUUGUAAUUAGAGUCGAAGUUAAAGAAAUAGCGGUUUACGACCCUUGCGAGAAGACGUUUGAAGUACUCAACGAGUGCAGAUAUUUUCAUGACUUUGGAUUAAUUCCGUAUACGGAAAGUCUCUUCUUCCCCCGACACGUUUUUCUGUGUAGAAUUUAA